CAGUCUGUUGUGGGGGGAGUCGAGACUCCGGCUGUGUUCUCCAGACCAGGCCGCCGCUGUUGUGUUUCGGUCAGACCCGCUCACAGCCUGCCUUUAGCCCGUUUACAGCUCCGUUCUGUUCCGCGGACACACCCAGGAGGACCGGCUCCGCUGACCGGCACUAGCUUAAACCGUAGUCGAGCCGGAUAAGGCGGUUUUCUCCGGGGCUUCGCUGGCUGGCGGUUCACGAUGCCGACGGUGCGGGACAGCACUGCGACCCACCCGGGGGAGAACCAGCACCAGGUCCGGGUGAAGGCCUACUACCGCGGGGACAUCAUGAUCACGCAUUUUGAGCCGUCCAUCUCCUAUGAGGGUCUGUACAGCGAGGUGAGGGACAUGUGUUCUCUCGACAAUGACCAGCUCUUCACCAUGAAGUGGAUCGAUGAGGAAGGUGACCCGUGUACAGUAUCAUCUCAGCUGGAGCUGGAGGAAGCACUUAGGCUGUAUGAACUGAACAAAGAUUCAGAACUCAUCAUUCAUGUGUUUCCCUGCAUUCCCGAGAAGCCAGGAAUGCCCUGUCCAGGAGAAGACAAAUCUAUAUAUCGGCGUGGAGCACGACGCUGGAGGAAGCUCUACUAUGCAAAUGGCCACGCCUUCCAGGCCAAACGCUUCAACAGACGGGCUCACUGUGCUAUCUGUACAGACCGAAUCUGGGGUCUCGGCCGGCAGGGCUAUAAAUGCAUCAACUGCAAACUACUGGUACACAAAAAAUGCCACAAACUCGUCACAGUGGAGUGCGGCCGACAGAUGAUACAGGAGCCGAUGCCAGGCCGAGGGGACCAGAUGACACACCCACAUGAUCCCACAGAGAUAGUUCACAAAAACUCCACUGAAAGCAUCAACCAUGAUGAAGAGCAUGAGGCGGGGGGCAGCAGAGACCCUGGUAAAGCCACCUCCAGUCUGGGUCUGGCUGAUUUUGACCUGCUGAGGGUGAUCGGCCGCGGAAGCUACGCGAAAGUGCUGCUGGUCCGGCUGAAGAAAACAGAAAGAAUUUACGCCAUGAAGGUGGUAAAGAAGGAACUGGUGAACGAUGAUGAGGACAUUGAUUGGGUCCAAACAGAAAAGCAUGUGUUUGAACAGGCGUCUAAUCACCCGUUCCUGGUGGGUCUUCACUCCUGCUUCCAGACUGAGAGCAGGCUGUUCUUCGUGAUCGAGUAUGUAAAUGGAGGAGACCUGAUGUUCCACAUGCAGCGGCAGAGGAAACUUCCGGAAGAGCACGCCAGGUUUUAUUCUGCUGAAAUCAGUCUGGCACUGAACUACCUGCAUGAACGAGGAAUCAUCUACAGAGACCUCAAACUGGACAAUGUCCUGCUAGAGUCUGAGGGACACAUCAAACUCACUGACUAUGGCAUGUGCAAGGAGGGGCUUAGGCCAGGAGACACUACCAGCACCUUCUGUGGCACCCCCAACUAUAUUGCCCCUGAAAUCCUGAGAGGAGAGGACUACGGUUUCAGUGUGGACUGGUGGGCGUUAGGUGUGCUGAUGUUCGAGAUGAUGGCAGGCCGGUCUCCGUUUGACAUCGUGGGCAGCUCAGAUAACCCUGACCAGAACACUGAGGAUUAUCUGUUCCAGGUGAUCUUGGAGAAGCAGAUUAGGAUCCCCAGGUCAUUGUCAGUGAAAGCAGCCAGCGUCCUGAAAGGAUUCCUUAACAAGGAGCCGAAGGAGCGUCUGGGCUGUCACCCCCAGACAGGCUUUGCUGACAUCAUGGCUCAUCCUUUCUUCCGAAAUGUAGAUUGGGACCUGAUGGAGCAGAAGCAGGUUGUUCCGCCCUUCAAGCCAAACAUUUCUGGAGAGUUCGGUUUGGACAAUUUCGAUGCUCAGUUUACCAAUGAGCCAAUCCAGCUCACACCGGAUGAUGAUGAUGUGGUGAAGAAGAUUGAUCAGUCUGAGUUCGAAGGCUUCGAGUACAUCAACCCCCUGCUCAUGUCUGCGGAGGAGUGUGUGUGAGCGUCUACACAACACACACCGUGUGUUUGCAGUGGAGUAAGGGGGUGUUGGACCUCCUCAUCUUUUGCCAAACAUCUCUCUGUCUCUCUCUAUUUCUCUCUCUUUCUCUGCCAUAUAAAACCACUCGUCCUUAAAGGCUGUUCUCCCUUUUCCUUUUUAUUUUUUUUCUUUGUUUUUCUACCAUGCAAAGCUGCACUGAUUGGAGGAUAUAUUGACUAUUGCCUUCUCUGAUUGGUCAGUGUAGAUCAGAGCAGGGUUUGUGUUACUGGACACUAGAGCAGAGCGGUUAGUGUGGGCUAUUUUGGACAGGGGGAUAUUUUUAUUUGUACAUAUCUAAAGGAAACAACAGGCAGAUAUAGUAGAACCAUUUUUAAAGUACUGGGAUUCUUAAAGGACGUUUCCUAGAACCUCUCAGCAUGGUCCACCGAUGUUUAGCCUUUAUUUUAUACUUAUUUUGUGCUCUUUUUAAUUUAAUGAUGUAGUAAUAUGUGGAAUAUGCUGAGUAUGGCCAGAAUGAAGCAGAGGAACAUAGACAUUAACACUACAGUCUCCCCUCAUUGUGAACACUAAUAGUCUUCAGCUGAAAGAGAACCAAUAACUGAGGGAGGUUCAGGUCAGCAGCUUGUGAAGCAGGACCAAAAUUGAGCUGUAAAAACCUAAAGACAGGCCUGAGGGACGAGUAGCUUCAAUGCAGCCUCUCACUACAGGUCUCUGUAUGAGCACACUACAGGCUUAUAAUCGCCAAACUGAUGAACAUGUCACCAGAGAUGGCAAAUCCAUGUCUAGAAAGUUAGAAUCUAUGACAGGAUUUUGUUCCUACUGCCUGAAUGACUCUUAUAUAACGCUGAGCUACAGCAGAGCCAUCUAGGCAGGUGUUACAAUUUUGUGGGGUGGAAUUUUACUUUCUAGAUCUGGAUGUGCUGGCUUCAGCAUUUCCUUUCUAUCUUUUUAGUGUAGUUAUUUGUUGUUUUAUAGGGUUCUGGAACAAAUUAAGAGUCUAUGAAUAUGUAUGCAUUAUGUUUCCCUCUUCAGUGUUUAACAGUUAGCUUAUUUUCUGUUUAAUUUUGAUAUUUCCAAACCUCACAGACAGAUACACACACGAACUCCAAAACAAAAACUGCAGCAGAAGAAAAAAAAAGCAAAACUUUCAAUGAAAUUCAGUGUAAAAUAAUUUUAUUCUGAGCCAUUUUAAAACAUUUCUAUUUGUCUGUUCCUCAGAGACAUAUUUAUCAUUUACCUGCCAAAUUCACAUUAUAGCAUGGUUCAACUGCAUAUAUUUGACGUUGUGAGUGUAAAUAUGUCAACUUUUCUACAUACAGACUUUUAUGCAUUGUAUUACACAACUACUGACUCAUUGACUUUAUUGACUCAGUUUGACAUAACUUACAGAAUAAAACAUUAAAUGUGUCUUAAGCAGAAUUCAUGAAAUGUUAAAUAUGUUGAAUAAUUGUAUACGUUUAAUUCAGUAAGUAUAUUAAAAUUGUUUCAAAUGUACAGAAGAAAUGGCAUUUCAAACUGUCAAUUAAACAAGCAUUGCACAAACUGUUGCAUGCACAUACAUAUAUUUAAACAUAUAUUUAAAUAAGUUAAGCUUGCUGUCAUGCAAAAAGCUUUAUAUUUAUAUAAACCUGAACAAUAACAAAUAGAAAUGUUUAAAAGUUCCUAGAAUGUAUUUUUACAUUAAAAUCAACUGAAGGUUUUCCUUCUCCUGUUGCAGUUCUGGAGAUAUAAGGUUUUUGUACUGUACUGUCAUGGUUGCUUUGGUGUAGCAUUAAAUGGACCUCAGAGACUAAUGACCAAAUUACACACUUUAACACUACAUCUACAGAAACACACACACACAGCACUCAUUCCAGCCCAGCAGAUGUGGGGUCACAGAUGUUGGUGGUGAGGAGUCCGUUAGCACCCCGGUGCAACAAAUGAUUGAACCAUUUACACUUCAUUACACAUUCCUCUACAGAACCAUCAGUGACCAUUACAUACUUCACACACUCUCCAAACACACACACACACUGCACCAAUCACAGCUAAAAACUCACUCCUUUUUUUUUUACUUUGUUACUUUGAGCUGUAAGUUAACUCUCUGAGCUCUCUGUCUGGUUGUGAGGACCGUGGUGUGGUCACACACUCAGCAGCAGUUCUUUAAUAUGAGAAGAAAAUAAUCAGCUCUUCUUCCUCUUCUGUUACCUGAUGAAGCUUCUGUCCAAUGAAAAACAUUAAAACAUCUGUUUAAAUAAAAAAGAUUCAAACUGUU